CGGUCCGCAGUGGCGGCGGUGGCGGCGCGCAGGCGGCUGCCACCGGGGUGGUUCGCUUGGAGUCGGGUGGCUAGUCCGGAGAGACGCGGGGAGAGUGCCGCUGACGGAAGAUAACCCAGCUGUGGUCUCCAGAGCCUGGAGAUCGAAGCCACGUCCUUGCUUCUACCGUGUGCCCCAAGACCUGCACCUUAGCUGCAGCUCACCAUGGGGAACCACUUGACAGAGAUGGCGCCCACUGCCUCCUCUUUCUUGCCCCACUUCCAGGCCCUGCAUGUCGUGGUCAUUGGGUUGGACUCUGCUGGAAAGACCUCGCUCCUUUACCGCCUCAAGUUCAAGGAGUUUGUCCAGAGCGUCCCCACCAAAGGCUUCAACACAGAGAAGAUCCGGGUGCCCCUGGGAGGGUCCCGCAGCAUCACCUUCCAAGUGUGGGAUGUUGGGGGGCAAGAGAAGCUGCGGCCCCUGUGGCGCUCCUACACACGUCGGACAGAUGGGCUGGUGUUUGUGGUGGAUGCCACCGAAGCUGAGCGCCUGGAGGAGGCCAAGGUGGAGCUGCACCGAAUCAGCCGGGCUUCGGACAACCAGGGUGUGCCUGUGCUGGUGCUGGCCAACAAGCAGGAUCAGCCUGGGGCACUGAGCGCAGCAGAGGUUGAGAAGAGGCUUGCAGUGCGAGAGCUUGCGGCAGCCACGCUCACCCACGUGCAAGGCUGCAGCGCUGUGGAUGGGCUGGGCUUGCAGCCGGGCCUUGAACGCCUGUACGAGAUGAUCCUCAAGAGGAAGAAGGCAGCCCGGGUAGGCAAGAAGAGACGGUGACCCGAGGCUGUCCCCUCCUCAGCAGUAGGGGUCUCCACACUUGGACAGCCAGGCGGAGCCUGUGGCCCGUCACUCAGCUCUGGGGUGCGGGACCUGUCCACCUCAGUGAAGGACCAAGAAGCACAUUGGGGGUCUUGUUUUGGUGCAGCACUGGGGAGGGGAUGGGAGAGGGGAGGUCUCAUGUCCUUCCCGCAUCCUCACCUCCGGAGAAAUGGGGGCUGCAGGACUGGGGAGGCUUAAAUGUAAACUGUGACUCUACCUCGACCCCAUUUCUUCUUUUUCUUCUCUGGCUUUUCGAUUAGAUAUGUUUUGGGGCAAAAGAAGGUUGUUUGGAGAAUGCAUCUGGGAUGAAUGAGGGUUAUCCCUCCCCUGACCUCCCCCCCCCCCAAACUGGGGUGUCUCUGCAGGCUGCUUUUCUAGGGAUGCUAGUCACAAUAGUCUUUAUUUUUGUGUCUGUGUGAAUGUGCCAAGAACCCCUCCACAUUUGUAGAUCCACAACUGUUUUUAUAAGCUGUGUGUGUCCUCUGUAUUAUUAUUAACUAUUUUUUAGCAUUUGCAUAUAAGUUAUUAAAGACUGAUGAUGCUGUAGCUCUGA